GCCCAAAUUUUUCUUUAAUAUGCUUUUCAAGAAUCCGAAACCAGCUUAUAGAAGGUGGAUCAAACGUGGGGCAAUAACACUUUUUGUGAUAGAAGCAGCUUGUUUUGCAGGAAGUUACUUUAUUUGGCAAAGAGUCAACACUGAAAGAGAAUAUCGAAAAUAUCUCCACGACAACUAUCCCUCAAUUCUAGAAUUGUAUUACAAAACUGGUGAAACUUUAGAUCCACUCAACAGGGUGAGACAGAGCGAUCAAGCCUGUUGGAAAAAACAAGUUUGAUGGCUAGCAGAUUGGUGAGGUCAAUAUUUUGGUUGUGUUCAUUAUCUGGACUCGGUUAUGGAUUGUUGAUUUUAACCACACCAUCGCAAUCAAACGUUAAUGAAUUGAAACAGAAAUUGGGUAGUGAUAAGCAACCGAAAGAAGCUCUAAGUAAAAAUCAACAGUUUAUGAACGUUUUGCAGGCUGCAACCAAUAACUCAAAACCAAUUUACCGAUUAUCUAAGGAAGAAAUUGAAAAAGAACUUAACAGAAAGUAAAAUCAGUCCUAUUAUUCUUCUAAUAAAAAAAA